UUUACACUUAAGCAAAAUAAAAUUGAAAUUUUAAACCCAAAGACAUUCGAAACUAAAAAAUAUCCAUAAACAUUCUCUUCAAAUAAUAUUUAUCCUGUUUUUGCUAAAUGGUGCGGAUAUUAAAACUUCAACUAAAAUUGACCGCCUUUUUUGCUAAUAGAAAAACCAUAAACUAAUAAAGUGGGGACGACCAUAUCUCCCGUCCACUUAAAUAUCUCAUCUGGAUUUAAGAAAGUGAAGGAUCUUAAAUAGUAUAUAUAUAUCCAUUUUUUUCUGUUGUAUUGUCGUCGAUUUCAUUGAGGCAAAUCAUGUCUGCUGGAAUUGACCGAGAACUAGUUGAAACUUUAAACUUAAGAAACAAACGAAACGAUGAGAACAUUGAAUUGCCUGGAAUCAAUAGCUCUUCGGAUGCAGUACCAUCUUCACCAUUGCCCUCAGUCAUAACGACAACUUCACACCAGAUUGCAAAAACACACAACGUUCCUGAACGUGGUUCAUGGUCGUCAAAAUUAGAUUUUAUUUUAUCAGUGGUGGGGCUAGCGAUUGGAUUAGGUAAUGUUUGGCGUUUUCCUUAUUUGUGUUACAAAAAUGGCGGAGGGGCAUUCCUGGUGCCGUAUUUCUUAACACUUAUACUUGCUGGCAUUCCAAUGUUUUUUAUGGAACUUGCACUUGGACAAAUGCUUACAAUAGGUGGACUUGGAGUCUUUAAAAUUGCUCCCAUAUUCAAAGGAAUAGGUUAUGCUGCUGCAGUCAUGUCUUGCUGGAUGAACGUUUAUUAUAUCGUUAUUCUGGCCUGGGCUACUUUUUACUUUUUCAUGUCUAUGAGAGCAGAUGUACCAUGGCGAACAUGCAAUAAUGUAUGGAACACUAUAAAUUGUGUUAAUCCAUAUGAAAGAAAGGAACUUCUUUGUUGGGAUCAAAUUAAUAAAGUUAAUGGAACUGUUAAGAAAAUUUGUUCAGUAGCAGCCAGUAAUGUAUCAGCAUCAGAUCUUUCAGAUCCAGUGAAAGAAUUUUGGGAACGUCGUGCACUUCAAAUAUCUCCUGGAAUUGAUCAGGUGGGCAGCAUUAGAUGGGAAUUAGCUGGAACUCUUUUAACUGUAUGGAUAAUUUGCUACUUCUGUAUAUGGAAAGGUGUUAAAUGGACUGGCAAAGUUGUUUAUUUUACUGCUCUAUUUCCCUAUGUGUUGUUAACUAUUUUACUUAUUCGUGGAAUUACAUUGCCUGGAGCUUUAGAAGGAAUAAAGUUUUAUGUUAUACCAAAUUUUUCGAAACUUUCCGAAUCGGAGGUGUGGAUCGAUGCAGUUACACAAAUCUUCUUCUCUUAUGGACUUGGAUUAGGCACUCUUGUAGCCCUUGGAAGCUAUAAUAAAUUUACGAACAACGUCUAUAAGGAUGCUCUUAUCGUGUGUUCAGUCAAUUCUAGUACAAGUAUGUUUUCUGGGUUUGUUAUAUUUUCAAUUAUCGGAUUUAUGGCUCAUGAACAACAGAGACCUGUUGCGGAAGUAGCGGUAUCGGGUCCCGGACUUGCUUUCUUGGUAUAUCCAUCGGCUGUCUUACAGUUACCUGGAUCACCUUUAUGGUCCUGCUUGUUCUUCUUUAUGAUACUUCUUAUUGGAUUGGAUUCACAGUUUUGUACGAUGGAAGGUUUUAUAACUGCCAUCAUAGAUGAAUGGCCACAGUUGUUAAGAAAACGCAAAGAAAUUUUUAUUGCUAUUGUCUGUCUUCUUAGUUACCUAAUUGGAUUGACGUGCAUUACGCAGGGAGGAAUGUAUGUAUUUCAAAUUUUGGACUCUUACGCUGUCAGUGGUUUUUGCCUACUCUGGUUGAUUUUCUUCGAAUGUGUUUCGAUUUCAUGGUUCUACGGAGUUGAUCGAUUCUACGAUGGAAUCAAGGAUAUGAUUGGAUAUUAUCCAAUGGGAUGGUGGAAGUUCUGCUGGUGUUUUACAACUCCUGCGAUUUGCUUCGGUGUAUUUAUAUUUAAUUUGGUUGAAUGGACACCUGUUAAAUACUUAGGUUAUAGCUAUCCGCUUUGGGCUCAGGCUUUUGGAUGGUUUACAGCUUUAUCAUCAAUGCUUUAUAUUCCUGCAUACAUGAUUUGGCUUUGGAAUAAAACACCUGGAGACAAAGAAACUAAAAUUGGACUUAUUGUUAGAAUAGCUGAUGACGUAAAGACCCUUCGGGCGAAAAUGCAACAGGAAAAUCAAAAACAAAUGGAAGAUAUGUAUUCGUUGUAGAAUUUUUCUUUUAGAUUUUCAUCAUAUUUGUUCGAAAAAAACCCACACGAAUCUGCACAAAAAAAAAAAAAAAUACCUAAAGUACUAAGGAGAUCUAAUAGGAAUUCAAUUGAAAAUAUCUAUAAAUAUGCAAGGUUAUGAAGUUUUAUAAAAGCCAAAUUUUAUAUAAGUUAACAAAAGUAAUUAAACUUUUAUUAUGCUAUGACAUUUUUACUUAUAAUGGACAAGAUUCCUAUACUUAAUGUAAUAUUUUUUGUUAAAGUAUUAAAAUUAAAUUAAUAAUGAAAUUAAAAUGAUAACAUUUAAUUAAAACAAAAAAUUGUUAACAAAUAUAUUUUCCUUUCUUAUGUUGAUUUAAUAAAUUUAUUUACAUUUAUACCUGACACCCAGUAUAUAAUAGCUCUGUUCCAUUGGAGGUGGUAGUUUACUCGUGAGUAGAAAUGUAGUACAACAACUUCGAAUUCCUACAUCCUCGAGUAGAAGAUCAUGUGUUAAUUUCUGUACUAGAUCAACCUACUUAGAGUAAACUACCCACCUCCAAUGGAGCGGGGCUAGUUAUAUAUUAAUAAUUUUUCAAAGAUACACCUAAAUUUAAAGUUACAAAUAGAUUCUCUCAUUUUAAAACUAUGUUUUCAGUACUAAAUAUAAAAUUAAAAUAAAAUGAAAACAAUUUUUUUUUUUUUUGUUUUUAAUGAAAAUUGAAUUCACAUUAUGAAUAGUUAAUAAAAAUAUAAAACCGAACAUUUAUUUUAGUGCAGCUUAUUUUUAAUUUUUCCACUACAUAACGAAAAAAUAUUUUAAAUAUUGUUAAGAAAAUUCUAAUAAACAAAUAAAUUGUUUCAAGUAACUACUUGUUAAA